ACAACAACAACAACAACACGUACAGUCUACAGAGAGAGAGAGAGAGAGACGGGAGUUUGAGUUUAUAAUUACUAAAGGGAGGGAUGAGGAGCCUUUGCUUCCCAUCCAAGUCACCAUUCAGAGCCUCCUCCCUAUCCACCGCUGCCACUACUCCUCCCCGCAUUACCUUCUCAGACUCCAUGAUCGACCAAACCAUCGCUGCUGCUGCUUCCAUGAUCACCAAAUGGAACCCUGAGACCUCCGCCUAUGCCAACGUCACUUCUCUAUUCUACGAGAACAAGACAGAGGCCAUGCUCUUCUUGAAGUGCCUCAACGACCUUCAGAAGGCCAUGCAUUUAUUAGCCUCCCAGCCCCAGGAUUCCGCUUCCGACAUACUCGUCCAAGCUCAAACCUUGAUGCAGAUCGCUAUGAAGCGACUGCAGAAGGAGUUCUACCAGAUUCUCUCCAUGAACCGUGCUCACUUGGAUCCAGAAUCUGUCUCCUCACGGGCCUCCACCAGCAGGUCCUGCACCUCCGAUUACGAAGACGAUGAUUCACCGGAGGAUGAUGUUCGCGCGGCCGCUGAUUCUAUCUCGGAAGUCGAACAGGUGUCCUCUAUUGCCAUGGCCGAUUUGAGAUCAAUUGCGGAGUGCAUGAUCUCCUCAGGUUAUGCCAAGGAGUGUAUAAGCAUCUACAAGAUCAUCCGCAAGUCCAUUGUCGACGAAGGCAUUUACAGGCUGGGCAUCGAGCGAGUUAGCUCUUCCAAGAUCAACAAAAUGGACUCGCACACCUUAGACUUGAGAAUCAAGAACUGGUUGGAGGCGGUAAAGAUCUCAAUGACGACUCUCUUCAAGGGAGAGAGAAUUCUUUGCGAUCAUGUCUUCGCCGUCUCUGAUUCCAUCAAAGAAUCAUGCUUUGCUGAAAUAUCUGCACACGGAGCAACGAUUCUGUUUGGCUUUCCGGAGAUUGUUGCUAGAUCCAAGAAAUCACAGGAAAAUAAAAUGUUUGGCGUGCUUGAUAUGUACACUGCUAUAGCCCAGAACUGGCCGGAGAUUGAAUCGAUCUUCUCCUUUGAAUCGACCUCGGCCGUCCGAUCACAAGCAGUAACUUCACUAAUAAAGCUUGGAGAGUCGGUUCGUACAUUGCUAUCUGAUUUCGAAGCAACUAUCCAGAAGGACUCAUCGAAGUUAGUGGUUCCCGGAGGUGGAGUCCAUCCCCUGACUGUCUAUGCCAUGAAUUACGUCUCUCUCCUCGCCGAUUACAGUAACGUCCUACCUGACAUCAUUACCGAUUGGCAACCCCCAGCGAAAUCACCCUCACCGGAAUUUUACUUCGACAGUCCAGAUCAUUCAGAUGAAUCUGGAGCGACGACGAUCUCCUUGCGGUUCGCUUGGCUAAUUUUGGUCUUUGUGUGCAAGCUCGACGGCAAAGCGAAGCAUUACAAGGACGUGUCAAUGUCGUAUCUCUUCUUAGCAAACAAUCUCCAGCAUGUGGUAUCUAGAGUCCACACAUCUAACAUAUCCUACUUGCUCGGUGAAGAGUGGAUCGCCAAGCACGAAGCCAAGGUGAGACAGUUCUCGGCGAAUUACGAGAGGCUUGCGUGGGGGAAGGUGAUGGAGUCACUGCCUGAGAAUCCAACAGCGACGGUAUCUGCAGAGGAAGCCAAGGAGCGUUUCAAGAGAUUCAACCUGUGUUUCCAAGAAGCUUGCCGGAAGCAGAGUUCGUGCGUCGUAUCGGACCCGAGACUGCGGGAUGAGAUGAAGAUGUCCCUAGCGAGAAAGGUGGUGGAGGUUUACAGACGAUUUUACGAUACGCAGAGGCGGAGGAACUUGGGGUCAUUUGUCAGAUUUGCCCCUGAAGACGUGGUCAAUCACCUCUCGGACCUUUUCUUAGGGACGACGACGGGGUCUGUUGGGGUUGGUACUUGUUCUUCUUCUUCCUCGUCAUCAACGUCUUGUUCGUCCAAUGCAAUUUCGUCAUGGCAGAAAUAUAUUUGACAUAAAUCUCAAAAUAUAUAAAGUUUAUUAAUUUAAAGAUUUCUCCUUGUAUUUGUUAUAACUUUUUGUACUAAAUGUUUUUGUCACUCUUAAGAAGCUGCGUAGCCUCCA